CUCGAGAGUCUCGUGCUCGUAGCGCGGAGUGCGCGGACAGCGCGCGACGCGAUGCGUGAGUGCGCUACAUGCGCUGUGUGUUUGUUUCAUUCUCCUUGCGUGUGCGAACUGCGAAGUCGUCGGAAACAUGACGCAAGAAAGCCAGAUACCUCCCCCACCAGUCAUGUGGGCUCAAAGAAAAGAUAUCUUAUAUGUUACUAUCUGCCUAGAAGACUGUAAAGAUCCUAUUAUUGAAAUUGAUUCAGAAAAGAUAUAUUUCAAAGGAGAAGGAGGCACAGAUAAAAAGAUGCAUGAGGUUAUGAUUAAUCUGUAUAAAGAAAUUGAUCCCAACAAAACCAUAACAAAUAUGAAAGGCAGGACUUUUGAAUUGGUUCUUGCCAAAAAAGAAGAGGGACCAUAUUGGCCACGGUUAAUUAAGGACAAAACAAAGGCUCACUGGUUAAAGAGUGACUUUAACAAAUGGAAGGACGAGGAUGAUACCGACGAUGAAGGUAGCCCACCAGAUUUAGAAGAGAUGAUGCGACAGAUGGGUGGCCUGAGUGGAUCAGGCGAUAGUAAGCCAAAUUUCGACGAUUUGGACGAAUUAGGGGACAACGAUACUGAUAGCGACGAUGAAGAUCUUCCCGAUUUAUAUGAUUAAAGCGAAAUAAAAAAUAAUCACACAUUGAUCAAGUAAUUAAUUACAUUAAAGACAAAUGGCAAGCUAAGAAUAGUGCACGGGCAAUAUUUCAGUAGGCCUUGCUAUUUGUACCUUCAAUUGCAAAUUUGUUGAAAUGGUCGCGUUGCGAGUAGCAAACGGAGCGUGUGUAAACUGAAUUGGGAAAAAAAGAAAACUAAAGAUACAGUGCGGUAACAAUCGAACGGUAACAGCUCUCAAAAGUCCUUCAAAAAUUUCCCUGUCUCCCCUUUAUUAGCCUGUAGUACAUAUAUUAAGUUAUAAUGGACAAGCUUUUUUAAUAAUGUACUGUAUAAAAUAACACAAGAUAAAAAGGAAAAAAUGGGAAUAACCAAAAUUGCGAGUAGAAUUGUUUAUUUUGGAGAAUCCUUCAAAGUAUUGGCAAGCGCAACAGUGUGAUAAAUGUCAGAGAUAAAAAUAUUGACACUUAAUUUUCUCUCACUCACUCGCACACGCAUGCACGUACACGCACAUAUACACGUGUAUACAAUUGAAUCAUUCCGUCUUUUCCAUCCCUAUCGGAGUAUUCCCGUUUUCUGUAAAUAAAACUCGAGUGUGUUCAUUGCAAAAUAUAGACGUUUGUAUAUUAAGAUAUAAAUUACGAAUUUGUGUUGGCCCUGAAUGUUGCGUUACUGGACUGUACAUGGACCAUGAUGUACGACGUGAAUGCAAGGCCACAUCGUCCGAAUUUUAACCAACGAUACUAGACGCUCCACGUAAUGCCAAAUAUCCAGCUGUUAUAUCCAUCGGCAAACUGCGAACCGUUGCAAAUUCUUCAGCGGUGGCAUAAUACAAUUUAGUUUGCGGAUCUGUGUAUCGUGCCUGUAAACGAAAUGCAAUUUACUUGAUCAAGUGCAGUUUAUGUAAGUUGACAGAAGCGUCGCGGGAAAGCGUAACGAAGGCUAGUUGGUUUGAAGCUUGGUGGUGCAUUGAUGGAACUAUCUGAAAUUUAUGCAAAUUUACUCUAAAAGGAUACAACAGACAUAUUUCUCUUUGAAUAUCUCUUUCAUGUCAUGCAAGUUUCUUUUGCUUUUAAUCCCAUGUACAAUUUGAAAAUGUUACAUUCUUGUUGCAGUUUAAAUAUUUCCUGACUAAUGUAUAAACUUAAUGACGAAAGGAAAUAAAAGUUCCGUCUC